UCUUCAAUCGUUAGUGAAAUAGAAAAUUUUAAUUAAGAAUUAGUUUAGUGCUAUAAGGAUUUCAAGAUGUUUGGAGUUUUUAUGAAGCGCUGGAAACCUAAAAGGGUAUCAAACAAUGAAAGAAACGAGAGUCCGGAGACAGAUGGCAGUAUUUCGCCGGAACCACCUGACCGGCCACCCGGGAAAGCACGGCAAGUGCAUCCAGAAGAAAAAACCCAAGUUCUCGCAUACGAUUCUACGUAUAGAAAGAAAAAUAAACCAAACAGUUUGCCGUUAGAAGAGAACCAUUACAACCAUUUAGCGAAUGCGAAUGUCGCCAUGUCUCCAAUAUAUCCUUUGACGCCGAACAUUUGUGUGGAAGGAGGGAAGAUUGAGUUCAUAAAAUCACCGCCAGGGAGCGCCCGAAACAGCUUGGCGCUAGCGUCACCACCGCCAACUCCCUUGCUUGCUCGGCGUGGUUCCAGAGACAAACGCGAUGCGCGCUUUUACGACGAACCAAGCGAGAAGUUUGACGGAGACAAGGAGUUGCUGGAGAAACGCAUCAAGCAGCUGGAAGGAAUGCUCGAGGAAGAAAAAAGGAAGACACAAAGAGAGCGGAUGGUCGUCACCAAAUUGCAGAACAAGUUAAUUAAGAUCUGUGUAGAUCAUAAUACUCUGAAAUAUUUGGCUAAAGUGUUACAAGCAUACGUAAGAAAUCAGAAGAAAAAUGGAUGCCAAAAUGUGUAG